AUGUCAAGUUAUAGAGGAAGGUGGAUGAGCACAGUAGGACAUGUUUAUCUUGGAGUCAAUCUGGACCCACCUGAGCUUAGCCCGGAGUUUCACAUGGACGUGUGGGAUUUAGGAGGAGCAGAUCCAUUUCAUUUCCUGGAUAUUUUGUUUACAAGCGUUUACAUGAAAUAUCACGCUCAGCUCUUUAACACUUUAGUUCCUCCUGUUAACAAUGAGAGUUCAGCACCUUCAGAGAAACUUAUCCAAACUCCCUCUGCCUUCACCUCCCUCUGUCCUCUCUCACACGCCCCCUGCUGGCACGGAGUGUACAUAACAAACAACAGGAAGCCACAACAUGUAAACACAUACACACAGACACACACACAGGUGUGUGAACAGCUGGGUGUUUAG